AUGACGCAAUAUCUUUCAAACUUUAUCAAGCUUUUAAUAAAUUAUGGUGAAAAUAUUUUUUUACAAUUAAAAAUAUAUCAAAUCAAAAGAAGUAUAACAAACUCAAAAUCUACGUGUUCAUCUAUAAACUGGUACAUCUUAGUCUUCAUUGUUUCGUCACUGAUGAUGAAGUCUGUUAGUGGUUUUGAAAAAUGGUGUUUAUGUAACGGUUAUUAUAGUUGUCCUGUUGUCACAGAUUUUGUACAUGUAUCAAACUUAGAAAAUCGAUAUAAGGAAUUUCUUAUGUGUCAUUUCAAAGAAUAUUGGGGAUACGCUUAUACAACAACAACAACAAUUUGUGAUAUUUUGGUGAUUAUUGCUGCUCUUAUCCGAAAUUAUCAUCAACUGGUAUACCCGUGGCUAUUUAUUAAAGCAAUAAUUUUGAUUGGAGAAAUUUUCUAUAUUUUAAAGAAAUACUGCGUGAAUAACUGUAAGCCAACUACGUUACAGUUAGUAGUUUUAGCACACGCGUCUUACAGUUGGUACUUUAUUUAUACAUGGAGAUCAUAACAGAAGUGGCAAAUUAAUAAUAUAUU